GUAGAAUAUGUGGUGGUCGGAGUGUUCGAAUACGUAGAGGCCCAGGACACAUUGAAGACAAGCAGGUGGAGUUGGAGUGUAUUCUCAGUUGCAGAUCGGAUUGCGCACAUUCAUGUUCAUCCGUGCUCACGUACAAUAGUUUCUCUAUGGGAGCCAUAGCGGCCGGGCGUCGAGGCAAGCAAUGGCAGUCGGAAAAUACUUCUGCCACCGUUGCAGGAGGCCAUCCCCACGGUGCUGCAGGAGGCCUUCAGGGACCACCACAUCGACGAGGAGGCCCUGUGUCUGGUUUCGUCGCUGACGACGGCCUCGUGGUCCGAGCGCGCCAGCCUUUGGGACGCGAGGAGGAGCGCCUUCCUGCGGGAGGCCCUGGGGGAGCUGGAGGCCCAUGCCAAGCAGCAUUCCAAAGAGGAGGCCCGCCGAAUCGAGCACUCGAGGACGCCCACCGUCCUGUCCAGGCUGAUGGAGGCGUGGCUGGCGAUGCCGCCGCCGGGCGCCGCCCGCGUUCCGCAGCAACCUGCGUCGAUGGGCGGCGCGGCCUCGGUGCGCGCGCGCGGUGCCGCGCCGGGGACCCCGCGCGCUCUGUGCGCGCGCGGCGUCCCCGCCCUCGCGCCCCUGUGCUCGUGCGAACCUGGAGAUCCGGCGCUCCGACAAAAAUCGGAGCUGCCGGCUCCAGGCCGUUUUCGGCCCCAGGGGGCCCUCGCCGGGCCUCGGGGUCGUCAAGAGACGACGCGGGACGGAAGACCUGCCCUGGGGAAGCGAUCCAGACCUCCGGGGUCCACGCAUCGAAG